CCAAAACAAAAAUAAUUUGCCGAUGACAUGCGGUUUUUUAAGCUUCAAAAUUUAUAAUUUUUCAAUCAAAUCUUAGUUUGUUUUUUAAAUAAAUCCUUCUGUGAAACAAAAAUGGUUCAAAACAAUCUUUGGAAGUUCUUCCAUGCUGGUGAUUUGAAGGGGUUUACAUUGAUAAUUCCGAGUGUUGCAGUGGGAAAUGUUGGGCAGCUUGCUUGUGACUUGCUAAUUUCGUCUUUAAAUAUGAAGAAAAUUGCAUCUGUAUACAGCCCUGCUCUUAUCCCUGUUGCCGGGUAUGAUCCGUAUGACUUGAAGUCAAGCAAACUUUCAAGCAGUUGUGAAGCAUACAAGUGUGGAGAAAAACAAUUGGUUAUUCUACAGCUAAGAGCACCUCUCGUCUUUGAGUACGCUCAAAAUUUCCUUGAAGAUGUUGUGAACCAGUUCAAAGCAAAACAAAUUAAGGAUAUUAUAGUGCUCACCAGCAGUUUUGCUCAUGAAAGGAAACAUAUAAUGACAUCUCCAUUUAGAUACUUAGCAAGUGAGUCUUCUCCAUAUGAAGAGUCCAUGAAAUCUUUGAAUUGGUUGGUGCAUGAAUCAUUGGAAGGGGGCAUUAAAAUAUAUGGAGGGGGCUUUGCAACUCAAAUAUUUCAAAUUUGUAAAGAAUAUGACAUGCCCUCUCUAAUAAUAUAUAAAUACUGUUCGGAAGGAGAUAAUAUUCCUGAUGCCUAUGAAAUGAUUCAUUAUUUAAAUAGUCUUCUACAGUUGUACAGUGAAGGAUCAAAUUUGUUGUCAGAAUUAAUACAACCUGUGUCAUGGAAACUUCUGUUUGGCCGACCACCACCUAGAGAUAUUUACUAAUAAAUUAUACUUUUCCCAAUGCA